CUCACACAUCUCCCCUCCACCCCCCCAAUUGCUCGACCUCCCCACUCCAACCCCACCCACCGCCAUGUUCGCCCAACGCACGCUCGCCCGCGCCGCGCCGCGCGUGGCCCUCCCCCGCGCUCCCGUCCGCGCAACCCGCCGCACCUACAGCUCCGAGCCGCCCAAGCAGUUCGCGGGCGCCGAGGACAACGAGUUCAACCGCGAGCGCGCCCGGGUUGCCGAGCACGGCGCCGAGAGCGGCGAGUUCUGGCGCAAGUUGAGCUUGUACAUUGCUGUUCCGUGCAUCAUCGUUGCUUCGGUCAAUGCGAAGAUUAGGUGGGAUGCCCAUUGGGAGCAUGUUGCUCAUGAUACUCCCCGUGAGGAUAAGCCCGAGUACGCGUACCAGAACAUUCGCACUAAGAACUACUUCUGGGGAGAUGGCGACAAGACCCUCUUCUGGAACGACAAGGUCAACUACCACAAGAAGGACGAAUAAGUGCCUGCAAGACCGUGUAUCUUUUUACCUAUAGGGCUCCAGAUGGACCCGAACAGUGUGCGUGGGGAUUGCGUUCGUAGUACAAGCGCAAGCCUCAAGUAGCAAAUCAACAACACAUUUCUUUUGUCUUUAAAUCUUGUGCCAAGUCGAGUCUCGUAGACACUCUGACUCUAUCAUCGUGCAUCGUUUUAUGUUCUACUUCCUCAUCUCGCUCAUUCAGCCCUCCUCGUUCAUCCGCAUGCCCUUCUCCCAUACUUGAUUGUGAUUCUGCGCCCACUCCUCUGCUAAUUUCUCA